ACAGCCAAGGCAGAUGAUAUUGUUGGCCCCGUGACCCACGAAACCUUCGAGAACAACGUCGUUCACUUGAUGUGGCAGGAGCCCAAGGAACCCAACGGUCUGAUCGUGCUGUACGAAGUGAGUUAUCGACGAUACGGCGAAGAGGAGCUGCACCUCUGCGUCUCCCGCAGGCAUUUUGCUCUGGAGCGGGGCUGCAGGCUGCGUGGUCUGCCACCCGGGAAUUACAGCGUGCGAGUUCGGGCCACCUCCCUGGCGGGCAAUGGCUCCUGGACGGAAGCCACCUAUUUCUAUGUCACAGACUAUUACGUGCCAUCAAAUAUCGCAAAAAUUAUCAUCGGCCCCCUCAUCUUUGUCUUUCUCUUCAGUGUUGUGAUCGGAAGUAUUUAUCUAUUCCUGAGAAAGAGGCAGCCGGAUGGGCCACUGGGACCACUGUAUGCUUCUUCAAACCCUGAGUACCUCAGUGCCAGCGAUGUGUUUCCCUGCUCUGUGUACGUGCCGGAUGAGUGGGAGGUUCCUCGAGAGAAGAUCACGCUCCUGCGAGAACUGGGGCAGGGCUCCUUCGGCAUGGUGUACGAGGGCAACGCCAGGGACAUUGUCAAGGGCGAGGCGGAGACCCGAGUGGCGGUGAAGACGGUCAACGAGUCCGCCAGCCUGCGAGAGCGGAUCGAAUUUCUCAACGAGGCCUCGGUCAUGAAGGGCUUCACCUGCCACCACGUGGUCCGCCUCCUGGGGGUGGUAUCCAAAGGCCAGCCGACGCUGGUGGUGAUGGAGUUGAUGGCUCACGGGGACUUGAAGAGCUACCUCCGUUCCCUGCGGCCUGAGGCCGAGAAUAACCCCGGCCGCCCUCCCCCUACCCUGCAAGAGAUGAUUCAGAUGGCUGCGGAGAUCGCCGACGGGAUGGCAUACCUGAACGCCAAGAAGUUUGUACACCGGGACCUCGCAGCUCGAAACUGCAUGGUCGCCCACGAUUUUACCGUCAAAAUUGGAGACUUUGGAAUGACCAGAGACAUCUACGAAACGGAUUACUACCGGAAAGGGGGAAAGGGUCUGCUCCCCGUGCGGUGGAUGGCACCCGAAUCCCUGAAGGACGGGGUCUUUACCACUUCUUCGGACAUGUGGUCCUUUGGCGUGGUCCUUUGGGAAAUUACCAGCUUGGCAGAACAGCCUUACCAAGGCCUAUCAAACGAGCAGGUGUUAAAAUUUGUCAUGGAUGGAGGGUAUCUGGAUCAACCCGACAACUGUCCAGAGAGAGUCACCGACCUGAUGCGCAUGUGCUGGCAGUUCAACCCCAAGAUGCGGCCGACCUUCCUGGAAAUUGUCGACCUGCUUAAGGACGAGCUGCACCCCAGUUUUCCCGAAGUUUCCUUCUUCCACAGCGAGGAGAACAAGGUGCCCGAGAGCGAGGAGCUGGAGAUGGAAUUUGAGGACAUGGAGAGUGUCCCCCUGGACCGGUCCUCACAUGCGCAGAGGGAGGAGGCCGGGGGCCGAGAUGGAGGGUCCGCACUGGGGCUAAAGAGAAACUAUCAGGAACACAUCCCCUACACCCACAUGAACGGGGGCAAGAAAAACGGACGGAUUCUGACUCUGCCCCGGUCGAAUCCUUCCUAACGGCCCCUGCUCGGGGGGUGGUUCCUGUCUUCGCUCUCCUCUGGUUCGAAGGCCUUCAGAAAACUCAGGAUUCUUACACGACUCAGCCACAGUGUCAAAUGGAGCUCAGAGAUCAUGCCUUAUCCAUUUCUGUUCCUCUUCUGACUUAAAACACGUUGGUAUGAUUGCCAAUUUGACUAGUCAUCGGAGAACUUAACUGUGAACCUAGAUGGGAAAGGGGUUUCCACGGCUGCUGUCCUUUUGGACCACCGAGGUUUCAAGACCGGAUGUUACUUUUUUUGUUUUUUUUUCCUAGCAGAUUGAAAGCAAGCACCUGUUUUUACAAAGUUGUUUUUUUUUUUUUUGUUUUUUUUUUUUUUGCUGGUGUCUGAGCUACAGUGUAAAACAUAAAUCUUGUUUGUGGAACAAAAGUUAGAAAGAAAGAAAAAAAAAAACAAAAAAAACCACAAAACUCUGUCCUAGUAGAAUUCCAAACUCUGCAGAGUGGGCUUCAGGAAAGUGUUUUUUCAUCCAGAAGGAUUUUUUUUUUUUUUCCUUCACAAAAUCGGUUCCUCAAAUUGACCAAUAGCUGCUGCUUUUGUACUUUGGAUAUAGUUUAGCAGUCCUGGGGUGUGGCUCACGUGUGUACUCGUGCGUGUGCGCGUGUGUGUGCGUGUGCGUGUGUGUGUGUGUGCAAAUCAUGCCUGCUGAGUGGCCGCUUUGGGGAUCAGCCCAUGAAGGUUCUGCUCUUCUGGAGUGUGUGAGCCCCUGAUCUGCUCCCCUGCUCCCUUCCUUCUUAUCUACUGUGCCCUCAAGAUUCUCCUUCAGUCCCAAGUUUAGCCUCAGGAGUCUUCUCUCCCUUAACUUUGGUGAAAAAUGUUUUCCAGGAGCCAUGGGAGUCGUUUGGAGUGAUAAUGGAUCUUUUCAAGACCAAACAAAGCCAGGACAUAAAAAAAAAAAAAAAAAAAAAAAAAAAGAAGAACUGAGAUGAUGAAGAGUUUUGAGAAUAUAUUUGUAACAUAUUUAAUUUAAAAAAAAAAUCUCCAGCAUCAGCCUCAUAAGUUAUUGA